AUGGCCACUUCUUUUGCCAACCCUACCGAAGUUGCCAGCGCCGAUGAUGUAGUUGCUGGGAAUAUUGGUACUGCGGCCAUCAAUAACCCUAACGAGGCCUUCAACGAUGUCGACGGUAAUGGCAUGUCCAUGGCCACCACAGAUGUCGAGGAAGAGUUGAACUCUGCAGGUGCAGCGUUUUGA